CCCACAGGUUAAGUCAUCGGUGUGCGACUUUUAGCACACGUUAUCGGCCUCUGAGUUGACGCGCUGACCGGUACCGGAGUCAGGGCUUUUGUGAGUUUGUCGGCACAAGGAGUUAAUUCGUCGGAGGAAAUGGCUGACGCCUUUGGGGACGACCUGUUCAGUGUCUUUGAAGAGGAGGCGCAGACGGCAAGCAACACGACCGCCCAACCAGGGCCUGCGGCCAAGACCGGGAAGAAGAAUGUGAAGACGAUCACAGGAUCUGCUCCUGCAGCCAAAAGAGAGGCCAGCAGCAUGGAGGCUCCAGAGGAUUGCAUCUUUGGAAAGAAGAUAAAACUUGAACCUUCAUUAUCGGAUGAUGUCAACCUGGCAGACUUGAUGCCCAGGGUAAAAGUGCAAGAAGUGGAUACAGUUGAGGGCUGCACCCACGAGGUUGCUCUCCCUGCAGAUGAUGAUUAUGUACCAUUGAGGCCACGGGUGGGCAAAGCUGCAAAGGAAUAUCCAUUCAUAUUGGAUGCCUUUCAGAAAGAAGCUAUUCUUUGCAUAGAUAACAAUCAGUCUGUCCUUGUGUCCGCUCAUACGUCGGCUGGAAAAACGGUGUGCGCAGAAUAUGCCAUAGCCCUCGCUCUCCGUGAAAAGCAAAGAGUUAUCUUCACCAGCCCAAUUAAAGCUCUGAGUAAUCAGAAAUACAGGGAGAUGUAUGAGGAGUUUCAAGAUGUCGGUUUAAUGACUGGAGACGUCACAAUCAACCCAACAGCGUCCUGCCUGGUUAUGACCACUGAGAUUUUGCGCAGCAUGUUAUACAGAGGCUCUGAGGUGAUGAGAGAAAUGGCCUGGGUCAUUUUUGAUGAGAUUCACUACAUGAGAGACUCGGAGAGAGGAGUUGUCUGGGAAGAGACGAUCAUCCUGCUGCCAGACAACGUUCACUAUGUUUUUCUUUCCGCAACCAUUCCCAAUGCUCGUCAGUUUGCUGAAUGGAUCUGCCACCUACACAAACAGCCUUGCCAUGUCAUCUACACGGACUACCGGCCUACCCCAUUACAGCAUUACAUCUUCCCAGCCGGCGGGGACGGACUGCAUCUUGUUGUCGAUGAAAAUGGUGACUUCAGGGAAGACAAUUUUAACACAGCCAUGCAGGUUCUACGCGACGCCGGGGAGCUGUCUAAGGGGGAUCAAAAAGGCCGAAAAGGAGGAACUAAAGGUCCCUCUAAUGUGUUCAAGAUUGUGAAGAUGAUCAUGGAGCGCAACUUCCAGCCGGUCAUUAUUUUCAGCUUCAGCAAGAAAGACUGUGAGGCUUACGCCCUUCAGAUGUCUAAGCUGGACUUCAACUCUGAUGAUGAGAAAAAGAUGGUGGAGGAAGUUUUCAAUAACGCCAUAGAUUGCUUGUCUGAUGAGGAUAAGAAGCUCCCACAGGUGGAACACGUUCUGCCUCUUCUCAAGAGAGGUAUCGGAAUCCAUCAUGGAGGUCUGCUCCCUAUUCUGAAGGAAACAAUAGAGAUUCUGUUCUCUGAAGGAUUACUGAAGGCUUUAUUUGCCACGGAGACGUUUGCCAUGGGUAUAAACAUGCCGGCCAGGACUGUCUUAUUCACAAGUGCUCGGAAAUUUGACGGCAAAGACUUUCGCUGGAUUUCUUCAGGGGAAUACAUACAGAUGUCUGGACGUGCCGGGAGACGUGGCAUGGAUGAAAGAGGAAUUGUAAUUCUCAUGGUUGAUGAGAAAAUGAGCCCAACUAUUGGAAAACAGCUGCUGAAGGGGUCACCGGAUCCUCUUAACAGUGCAUUCCACCUCACAUACAACAUGGUGCUGAACCUGCUGCGUGUGGAGGAAAUUAACCCCGAGUACAUGCUGGAAAAGUCCUUCUAUCAGUUCCAACAUUAUAGAGCCAUUCCUGGAGUAGCAGAAAAGGUGAAGAAAUUGGAGGAACAGUAUAACUGUAUUCAGAUUGCUAAUGAGGAAAGCGUUGUCACCUAUUACAAAAUUCGCCAGCAGCUCGCUAAACUCGCCAAAGAGAUAGAAGAUUACAUCCACAAGCCCAAGUAUUGCCUCCCGUUUCUGCAGCCCGGAAGGCUGGUUAAGGUUAAGAAUGAAGAAGAUGAUUUUGGAUGGGGCGUAGUGGUCAACUUCUCCAAAAAGUCAAAUGUUAAGCCAAAUACUGGAGAUCUGGAUCCUAUUUAUGUGGUAGAAGUGCUGCUGAACUGCUGUAAAGAGAGCCUGAAAAAUGCUGCAACUGAAACGGCAAAGCCGGCAAAACCAGAUGAAAAGGGAGAGAUGCAGGUGGUUCCAGUUCUGCUUCACUUGCUAUGUGCGAUCAGCAGUGUGCGUCUAUAUAUCCCCAAGGAUCUCAGGCCUCUCGACAACCGGCAGAGCGUAUUAAAAUCCAUACAGGAGGUUCAGAAGCGCUUCCCUGAUGGCGUGCCCUUACUGGACCCCAUAGAUGAUAUGGGUAUUAAAGAUCCCGGCCUUAAAAAAGUCAUUCAGAAAACGGAAGCCUUUGAACACAGGAUGUAUUCUCACCCUCUCAACAACGAUCCGAAUCUGGAGUCUGCAUACAAACAGUGCGAGAAGAAAGCCCAGAUCGCAGUGGAUAUUCGAGCAGCCAGGCGGGAACUGAAGAAAGCUCGCACGGUGUUACAGAUGGAUGAGCUGAAGUGCAGGAAGCGCGUGCUCAGACGCAUGGGUUUUGCGUCGUCCUCUGAUGUCAUAGAGAUGAAGGGACGAGUGGCCUGUGAAAUUAGCAGUGCUGACGAGCUACUACUCACAGAAAUGAUGUUUAACGGACUUUUUAAUGACCUGACGUCAGAACAAGCGACGGCCCUGCUCAGCUGCUUCGUGUUUCAGGAGAAUUCAAGCGAAAUGCCCAAACUAACAGAACAGCUAGCAGGACCUCUACGACAAAUGCAGGAAACGGCCCGGAGGAUCGCAAAAGUCUCAGCAGAAGCCAAGCUGGAAGUCGACGAGGAGUCAUAUUUAAGUGCUUUCCGUCCUAAUCUCAUGGAUGUUGUCUACACGUGGGCCAAUGGGGCAACGUUUGCUCAGAUUUGUAAAAUGACAGAUGUUUUUGAAGGGAGCAUCAUUCGUUGCAUGAGACGUCUAGAAGAAUUAUUACGACAGAUGUGUCAGGCGGCUAAAGCCAUCGGAAAUACAGAAUUGGAGAACAAGUUUGCAGAAGGAAUUACAAAGAUCAAAAGGGACAUUGUGUUUGCUGCCAGUCUUUACCUAUAGCGGAAUGGAUCACAAGGCGUUUAUGUAUUGACGCCGUCAGCAGCUGGAGCGUGAGCUCCUCGGACAACAGAACCAACCAAGGCCAGAUGUUUGCUAUAAACUUUUUUUUUUUGAAGUUUUCAGAACAAGCAACGUUCAAGCGAAGCAAUAUAAUACAAGUGUUUGUACAUACCGUUUCCACACGAUUUUAAUUAAAAAUUUUACAAUUUCAUUAA